AUGGCAGUGGUCGAGGAAGUUUUUGCAGAUAAGGACGGAAUGGUGCGUCAAGUUAUGAUUAGAUCGAAUGGCGGGAAAUUUAAGAGACAUGUCCGUGAACUGUGCCUAGUCGAAGAAGCGAAAGAAGUCGAUGAAUAGUCGCAAGGUCUGGUAUAUACAAACGUUUAUAUAUUUGUUGUUGUUAAACGAAGCCAAUCGAACUCGUACUUUGUUCCAGUUACUGGGCGUAGAUCCUUGUGUUUUGGUAUAUCGACUAUGUUUAUACUCGAUAGGGGCCGGUUUGUAGGAUCUAACCCGAAAAGUAGGGCCUAAUCGCCUGCGAGCAGGCAGGACAUCACGUGAUAAAAACACAUGUUGGUUUUAUAUUUUUUGAUUGUUUGUUCGGAUUACGAAGGGCAAAAGUCAGGUACAUUUGCAUGUUUUUGGUCCUGUUUUCUAUGUAUUUGUAAAGUAAUUUGUUUCUUGUAGCGUAGUUUAUAAUGUAUUUGUAUUGUUUCUAUAGAAACCACCUUUAAAGCGAUGUUUUGUACGAAAAUAUAUUGAUAUAUGAAUUUAAUAUGGAUUCAAUUUAUAUAUACGUGGUGCGUUUCGGAUAAUUCCUUUCAAGAACAACAGCUCGUGCAUGUUAAUCCAAAUCGCACUUGAAACCGUGCUAUACCUAUACUUAUCACGAUCCACCAAGUCGUGGCGCAUGCUCAAUGCAAAAAUAACGCCUAAUAAAAUAAUUUUAUUCUCGUUUUUAGCAACUUACACCAAAGUCUAAGGCAAAGUACCUAGCUUUUAGUCCUGGAAAAAGAAUGGCAUGCGAAUGGGUUAGUCCAUUUGAUGCGCCCCUUACUUAUAAGUAUAGAAUUAUUAGAACAAAUACAACAUUUAAAUGUGUGUUUGCGUAAACAUUUCGUGCACACAUUUCAGCAAAAUUAUCUGCAUGUAUCUUACCAUUUUGAAUUUUGCUGUCCCGGGCAUGUUGCAGCAAAAAAUUUCAGAAUGACAUGUAAAAAACUUAUUACAAGAUCUUGUUUAUGACCUUUUUCUGGCCUUUCAAACAAUGCCGAUGGUCAGUUUUAGGUAAGAAUCGUUAUUUGUUCCGCUAUGUAACAAAUGGUCAAUGCCAAUGGUAUUAUAGUUAAGAGCUGUACUCUGGCAGGCAAAAAGAUAAAAUUACUAACAAAAACGUCCCGUUCUGUAUGUAGUAAAUCAUUAAUUUACUUAUUAAUAAUUUAAGCCCAGAUUAUUUUUCUACAUUUUUUCCUAUAGGGAAUGAACUUGCAAAAUCGCCUGAAGGUUUUCAAAAUUCAGGAAGAGACCGGUACGUAUGGAUAUUUCAUUCCGCGUAUAAACCAAAGGAUCAGACCCAGUCUCGGGUUGUGUUAAUUAAAUUUUUAUCGAGUAACUUUUGCUGCCUCAAAACAGAGUUAGGGCUUUACAAUCAUGAUACAAUAGCACAAGCAAUGUAUUUAUAAUCUUAAUUUAGCAAAAAAAAAAUAAUUAGAGAUCUGUGAUGGAAGGCCUGAUCAGUACUGUGCGCCGGUGUUUUGGCCUAUUUUGCCAGAGCUGGAGUUUCAACUCCUGCACCACUUUAUUUUCCCGCGCGUGCGUCACGCAACCGCUUAGCACAUCGAAGCGCCUGGGACGAGGCUGGCACUUACACAUUUUCUUCUUUUAGGUAAAGACACCAACGACGAUAGACGCAUCGAAACACAGCCAAUAGGUGCUGGUAAGGGCAAUGAUACUGUACACUGUAUUUAUAUGCAUCGCCUACACAUGGUCCCUAUAAACUGUGUAUUGAUUUUAUUAGAUAAAGAAACGAACGAAAAUGAAAAAAGGUGUGAAACACCAACUGCAGGUGGUAAUUAUACCAUUGUAUAUUAAAUCAUUGAUUAAAUCAUUGACAUUGCUGUUUAAAUAUUUGUCGUCCAACACAGUAAAUUAACUCAUAGCUCUAAUUUAUAUUAUAUUUUUUGCCAUAGACAUCAUAAAAUCUAUUAAAAGGAAAUUUGAAUUACUACAUAAUGUCUACCUUGCUUGUGAAAUCGUUUUAAUUAGAUUUGAUUAUAAACAAGAUGGUGGAUAACGGAGUCUUUUAUCUCAAGAUUAAGAAAGCUAGCUAAGAUUUGUAAAAGAGCUUUACAAAUACACUCCGUGCUCCUUCACUAAUGUAAAUACUAAUCAUUAACAGCUGAAAAAGUGAAGAAGUGUUCCCUCCAGUUUGACGACGAGGCAGUUGGCGAAUGCUCAUCUCCUACAGAAGGUAUGCCAAAAUGCGACUGGGGCUGUCUCUGCAUGUGCAUUGUAAUGGUCUUUUUGAGAUAAGAGAACACAAUAAUUGAAUUUUAAGUCAACAAUUGUAUUUAUAAUUAUUUGAAGGCGCCAAGAAGAAACCCGGUGUUUCAAACAGCAUCACAUUCGUCGAAGGUGCAGUUGGAGUUUGCUCUGGCAUCGCAGGUACCACGAACAGUAUUUUAAAUAUAUCGCUUGGAUUUUGGAUUUUCAACAAAUCAACAAUUCACUUUUUCUACCCUAAAGACAUGUGUAGCAACACGUGACCAAAAAAUGUAAACAAAUGCCAAAAGUUCGGACACGCUUAAUUGUUCGAACAUACAAUCAAUUGUAUGUUCGAACAAAAGCUUGUCCGAACUUUUGGCAUUCGUUUACAUUUUUUGGUCACGUGUUGCAACAUGUGUCUUUAGGGUCGACAAGGCGAAUUGUGUUUCAUAAUUUCUUACAGGUAUCAAGAGGAAAGUAAAUGGUGCAGCACUUAGCUCCGGCUCCACAGGUAGUACCACGACCAUUGUUUUAUUCUAUCGACGAUCUUUCCAUUAUUAUUAUUACGACAUUAUUAUUAUUAUUAUUAUUAUUAUUAUUACUACUACUACUACUACUACUACUACUACUACUACUACUACUACUAUUAUUUUUACUACUACUAUUAUUUUACUACUACUAUUAUUUUUACUACUACUAUUAUUUUUACUAUUAUUAUUAUUUUUACUAUUACUAUAAGGGCUUCGGUGCGCUAGUUGUCAGAGCAAGCGCAUUUCAGCUCUGAGCUUGUGGAUUCGAUUCUCGCUAUGGACUCACAUGAAAAGAGUCUGUCAACACCCGGCCGACAGUCGUUUUUUUUUCUGAGUUUUUCCUGGGCGGUCCGGUUUCCUCCCACAGGGAAAGUUGACAGGGUCGGUCAGAAAGUAAUAUCACAAAUGUUGUAAAUUAGAUAAAUAGUCUAGGUUAAGUAACAUAAGUAAGCGUAAUACUUUAUGCAAUCGGUCGCUGAAAAGCCCCAGUUGGAAGUGAGCUAAAUAGUCACGUAAUGAAAUUAUAAUAGGGUAAAUUUCUAAUUAAUGUUCUUCAUAUGUGAAACUUUACAUGUUCUUGAUUUUAAAUAUGGCAGGUACACGGAAAUCAACAAAAGAUAAACAGAGCAAGUGUUUCGUAUGCGACCUAGAGUUUUCUAAAGAAAACAAAGGAACCAAACAGGAAUGGUUGUUUUGUGACGAAUGCAACGAAUGGUUUCACUUGUAUGUAUUGAACUUCUACUAA